AUGAUGCGGAAGCGAAUCAUGCCACGCCAGCGACGGCGGAAUUGCUUGUUAUGGAUGAUAGUUGCCCUCGUCUUGUAUUCAAGUGUUUUCCUUUUGGCCAUGUCUUUGCAACGGGAAGCAAAUGCAAAGGCGCAGCAAAAGGCUCGGAAAAAUUCCGCGCCUUUCCUCAAUGGAGAAAAUGUGAGGCCAAUGAAGAAACAAAUUCUCCAUCCCACGCCGAAAUCAUUUUUUCCUUCCAAGAGAGAUAAUUGGUUGGGUUCGGCGUUAAGUCGGACGUAUGAGAGCUCAAAGGGGGAGUCGUCGUCUGUUGUUAGCGUGUUUCUCACUCGCCUGUACAACUCGGAGUUGGUGAAUAAAAGUGCCGGUCGCAUGGCACCGCCGCAGUUACUCGUGUACCACAAUCAGACUAACACCCGCAGCGGGGCAGAGGUCCGCUACUUUAACCGCAUUGUUAGUUUAGACAAUGUGGCCCUGCGGAGGGCAACGCAGGAAAACCCUGUGGAUGAGAUACUGCUGUUGGUUUUUAACGACUGGGACCACAACGUGGACAAAUUCAUUUCCGAGUUGCACCGUUUGUCGACGCUCUUAAACCCUUUGGAGGAGAGCGUUGAAGACGACAUCCCAGACGCUAUGAUUAAUUCUUUAAAAGAAGAACCUGUGGACCCUACGACGCUUGUUUCGCCUCGUCCAGAUGCCUUUGGAAGCGCAUUAUAUCUGGAUGAAAUAAGGGGAAUAAAAAAGGAUGAAGACUUUGCAGGGGAAUGGAGCAGCAGUUUUUUAUUUCUUUGGCCGAAAUCAACGUCAUCGUCCGAGCCGUCACAAGUCAUUGCCGCGAUACGGCGGGCAGAUUUUGACGGCUCAGAUUUCCUUGGCGUUAAGACGUUUGGUUUGGUGCUUCAUUCACCCGGCCUCUUUUUUUGUUCAAAAGGCAUGUCGCAUGUUGUGAGGUACAAUGGCCCCGCAAGCAUGAAUGAGAUGUCUAACUUUAUCACCGUCAACACCCUUUCACAUCUGCAGCUGAAAUCCGCGUAUGAGUUACGCUCCGUGCUUUGGCGUUUUGAUGCCUUAACCCUUAUUGUAUGUAAGGGAGAAGGGAGCAAGGAGAAGGUUUCCACAUCGCCUUUGCGAGAUAUUUUAUUCAACAACGAGUUACCGACCCGUUUUGGGCUGAGGGCCGUGCUGCCAACUUUUUUUCUGCAGGUGGAGGAGUUUGAAGGAUUUGAUGGGUUUAAUUGGGAAGAACUGAACGUUGUCUCUUCGCAACGGAUGGAACCGAAGAGUCUGCAAUUUAUGAAAUCCCUUUACAUGAAUGAGUUUCCAGGAGAUUUUAUUAAAAAACUUGAAUUGUUGCCUACUUCAAACAACACACGACUCAUUGUUCUUAAGAGAGAUGAACUGACAUCUGAAGGAAAGCGAGGAGCGAGUCUUGCGGAUUUCUCUGCACGUGUUCUUUUUUUUCCCGGUCCCAGUAAGAAGACAGACCAUGUCAUGUGGGCAAAAACCGUUGGGGCGCGAUUAAUUGAUUUUGUGGAGAAUAAUGCGAUGAAACGGUUUGUACCUGUACGAGUUAAUGGAAAGAAUCUUCAGGAACUCUAUGAGCAACACUUCCAUGUCUCAUUGAUGGACCGGGCGGCACGGACGCGAACUCAACCCCUCUCCAAGGAAGGUGACUUCAAAACUACCGGGCCGUCGAAUUCGAAUUUAAAGGAAUAUAAAUCGCAACUUUUAGUUCUUGUCUUAUUGCCUCCAACCAAAAUGAAUGGAGGCAUUACCUGUGAACAGGCUGUUUUUCAUGCCGCACAUCUUAGCUCUCAACAAGAUGGCAUUCAGUUUGCAACCGUCAGUGCCGAUGAUUCACCCGAUUUGGUGGAGGAACUGCGGUUUUCCGUGUGGCGUCACUCCAAUUUGGCAGCAGCGGCCUUUUGUGAGGUUUAUGUGUUUCACCCUGACAGUAAAGUAGAUGCGAUGGAUUUGAACCCGGAUGAACUUCAUUCACCCAAGGAAGGCUGGUUAAAUCUCUUCCUCCGUGAAAAACAAGAGAAGAAGAAGAAGGAGAAGAAGAAGAAUCAUGAUGAUGAUGAUGAGACGGCGGUUGUGUCACACCCUUCACCGGAUGAGUUUCUGACGGCGUUGGUGGAAUUUCGAAAGCACCUUCAAGAGGCGUCAAACCCAAGUAUACACUCCGAAUUCCGUACAUCUCUUUACGGGAAUAGGGGCGGUUUUGCUCCGUGGUUCUUGUGGUUGCCUCCACUCGAGACGGUUCCGCUUCUCGUUCAUGUCCAGAAACAACAUCAACUGGAGGAGAAGCAAGAACCAACGAAGGAAAAUGGUGCCAUGGCUGGAAAAUCAAAUGUGACACUGUUGCUGCUGCAUGAUACCUCAUGUGGAAUGACUGUAAAUCAUUUGAAAGCAUUUCGGUUGCUUGCAAAAUGUCUUGAAUCACAAUCCGAGCCUGUUGUGCUGGAUUUGGUGGAGUACGACCUCUCGGAUGGGUUCCUUAUACCGGACAGAGACGGCCAGCGACUGCGCUCGAGUAUUACCCAGAAGUACCAUACGCGUUACUCGGAAGUUUAUUCGCAACUUAAGCCAUUUAUGGACGAUUUUAAGCGUCUGCAGCCCCCACAAUUGGUUGCACUAAACAAAACAUCCGUUUUAACAACUUUUGGUAGCUCCUUUUACCAUAAUACCACCAGUGUUCUGAUGCAGAAGAAUGUGCAUAAAAGUUAUAUUCAAACUCUUCUUCGUCUUGCGGGUCACGCAGAUCCAAAGUUGAAAUCUAAAUCUCUUCUCAAAUGUAUGCAACAAACCCUUCUACUGGAGUCACGACGACGGAGUCGAUAUCGCGUUCAGUAG